AUGAGGAUCAUGCUGGUUGGAAAGAGCGAAGACAAAAAAAGACUGCUGGGAAACAUUAUCACUGACAAAAAAGAGUUUGGCAUUACAGGUAGUCUAAUGAAAGACUGUCAGGCAGCCAGUGGUGAAUGGAACAGAACCCCAAUAACAGUAGUGAAAUGUCCAGACUUCUGUGGAAGUCUAUCUGUGGAAUCUGUGAGACGAGAGCUGAAGAAGUGCGUGAGUCUUUGUCCUCCUGGACCAAAUGUCCUGCUGUUAGUGAAACCUUCGGACUUCUCUGAAGAGAACAGAAAAACUCUCAAGUUCAUCCUCAGUUUGUUUGGUCAAGAUGCCUUUAAACAUUCAAUGGUUGUUGUGGCGCAUAAUGAAAAUGAGAAUAACACAGUGCAAAGACUAAUCCGAGAUUGCAAAGAAAGGGUGCACAGAUUUGGUAUUGAUAAAAAAGAUUUAAAAAAAGACAGACAAGAACUGAUGCAGAAAAUUGAAAAAAUCCUGAGUGAGAAUAGAGAAGGAUAUUUAACUUUAAAUGAAGAGGCAGAACUUCUGAACCUGGUGCUGUGUGGUACAAACAAACUUCAGAAGACCUCAGUAAUCAAUGCUAUUCUGGGACAAAGAAAGUUUGAUCCACCUGCCAACACAUCAGAAUGUGUUAAACAUCAGGGAGAGGUGUGUGGACGUUUGGUUUCCCUGGUAGAUCUGCCUGCCUUGUAUGGAAAACCUCAGAAGGAAGUGAUGGAAAAAUCACUUAGAUAUAUCUCCCUUUGUGAUCCUGAGGGUGUCCAUGCCUUCAUCCUGGUCCUACCUGUGGAUCCCCUCACUGAUGAAGACAAGGGAGAGUUAGAGACCAUCCGGAACACAUUCGGCUCUCGGGUCAAUGACUUCACCAUGAUUCUGUUCACUGUGGACUCAGAUCCUACAGCUUCAGCUGUUGUGAACUUUCUAAUGCAAGACAAGGAUAUCCAUGAUCUCUGCGAGAGCUGUGGAAGAAGAUUUGUUGUUCUCAACAUGAAGGACAAGCAAAAUGUGUUAAGCGGUGUAGAAAAAAUUACUCAGAAAAAAGGCAAAUUGUGCAGCUACACAACUGAAACAUUUACAUACGCACAAAUAGAAAAGAUCAUAGAAAAAGAGAAAAAGAUCGCUGAUUUGGAGGGUGAACUUAACGACCAGGAAACUAAGACUACAGUAAGCUAUGAUGAAGAGAUUAACAGUCCAGACUGUCUCAGGAUUGUGCUGAUUGGAAAGACUGGCUGUGGAAAGAGCACUUCAGGAAACACCAUUCUCGGAAGAAAAGAGUUUAAAUCAGGAACAACAACAACCUCAGUCACAAAAUUUUGUCAGAAAGCACACAGUGAAAUAGAUGGUCGUCCUGUUGUUGUGGUCGACACUCCUGGAUUGUUUGACAACAGUUUGACCCCUGAAGAGGUUAAUGACGAGAUCACAAAAUGUAUCAGUCUUUUGGCUCCAGGACCACAUGUCUUCCUACUGGUUGUAGAGAUUGGCAGAAUCACACCAGAAGAGAAGGCGACACUGGAACUCAUCAAAAAGAUAUUUGGAAAAAAUUCUGAGAAGUUCACCAUUGUUCUUUUCACAAGAGGAGAUUCACUGGAACAUGAGGAACAGACAAUAGAAGAUUACACACAAAAAGAAUGUGAUGAUUCCUUGAAGAAGCUGAUCUCUGACUGUGGAGGAAGAUACCAUGUGUUCAAUAAUUAUAAGAAGCAAAGUCAAUCAGCACAGAAUAAGCAAUCAGCUCACUCACAAGUGAAUGAGCUGAUCACAAAAAUUGACAACAUGGUGAAGAAAAAUGGAGGUAGCUGCUUCACCAAUGCGAUGCUGCAAGACGCUGAAGCAGCAAUAAAGAAGGAGAUGCAGAGGAUUCUCAAGGAUAAGGAAGAAGAGAUGAAGAGACAGCAGGAAAAGCUUCAAAUUACAUAUGAGGAAAGAAUACAAUCCAUGAAAAAAAGAAUGGAAGAACAGAAAGCAGAAAUUGAUCAGGAAAUAAAGCUGAGAGACGAACAACUCAAAAAACUGCAGGACAGCAUCUGCAUUCAGUCUGAAGAGAGGAAGAAAGAACAAGAAAUUAGAGACGAAGAAGACAGGAAAAAAACAGAAAAGGAACAACUUCAAAGACAGGAGUGGCAACAAAAAAUGCAAGAACUGGAAAAAAGACUAAAAUCAGAGUCAGAAUCUAGGGAAACAAUUUGUAGAGAUCGUGAAGUGUACAUAGAAAAAAUAAGAGUGCAACAAGAAACUUGGGAGAAGGAAAGAAAAGAACUGAAAGAAAAACGUAAACAAGAAGAUGAACAGAAAGAAAAGAAAAUCAGCGAGCUCCAACAAAAUUACAAUCAAGAAAAAGAAAAAUUUGAACUAGAAAGAAAGGAAAAAGAAGAUAAAAUGAAAAGAGAACAGGAAGGGAAGCUUAAAGACUUGGAGGAGAACUAUCAGAAACAAAUUGAGAACAUGCAGGAGAAGUUUAAAGAAGAGGCCAGAAAAAAAGCUGAAGAAUUCAAUGAUUUCAAAGAAAAACAGGAGAAGGACUUUGCAGCACUGAUUUUAAAACACAUUGAAGAGGUGAAGAGUCUGAAGCAGCAACAUGAGACUGACAUGCUGGAAAAGAAGAAGGAAUAUGGAAGAUUAAAGAAUCUGUCAGAACACAAAGAAAAUAGUCUAAAGGAAGAGCUAGAUGACCUGCUGGGUAAACAUAAAGGGGAAAUGGCUGAUUUAAUAUUGAUACUCCUGACUCAAAAGAAAGAAAACAAGGAAAAACUAAAAAAACUACAGAAAUCGUAUAGAACAGAGAUCAAUGUGCCUGAUCCCAUCUGCCGGUGGAUCACUGACUUCCUGACAGACAGGAAGCAGCAUGUGAGGCUGGGAAAGAAUGUCUCGGACUCCUGGACCAUCAGCACCGGCUCCCCUCAGGGCUGUGUUCUUUCUCCUCUGCUCUUCUCCCUGUACACCAACUGCUGCACCUCCACCCACCAGUCUGUCAAGCUAAUCAAGUUUGCAGAUGACACCACCGUUAUUGGACUCAUCUCGGACGGGGAUGAGUCUGCCUACAGGAGGGAGGUUGAACGUCUGGUGUCCUGGUGA